AUGAUAACUUGAACACACUUAACAUGACAAGAGCAAAACAUAAUACACCAUUCUUCUAUCGAGCAUCAGGAUCCAGCACAUUACUAUUGCUACGUAUUUUAUUCAGUACCAAUAUUAUUAUUUUUAAAUCUCUUCUUUACCCUCAAAUAAGUGAAUGAUAUUAAUCAUCCUAUUUCCUCCCGAAGCUCCUCCUCUAAAUCUACAAUUUUAGGCUUUAAGGUAUUCAUGUUAAUGUACACUGCUUUUAAGAAUUAUCUUUCUUCUUCUGUUUCAUGUAGUUUGAUUUCUUUAGUAGCGAUAACCACCUCAAAUUUUAUUUAAUCUCAACUCCUUUUCCCACCAAAGCUAGCUCUUCUAACUGCUCUCAUCUGUGGUGUGAUGUCACUCGAGAGACUCUCACGAGUUUCUGGAAGUUUUCCUUAAGUUUCCAGCUUUUAUAUUCAGGCCUUUCUAAUUAUACCAGUUUUUUACAGUCAAUUUGAUAAUAUCAUCAAGUGCUUGCAUCUAGCUAUAUUUUAUCAUAUUCUGUGGUGUCUAUUUCAGAUUUUUUUAGAGAAUUUAUAGUCAAAGUUGUAUCAUUUUGUACUUACAAAAUAGAUUUUAGAUUGCUGUAAGCUCCACUUUGAUAUCUCCUCCUCUAUCCUGAUCCUAUCAGCACCUAUUCAUGCUCAAAGUCUUUUCUCUGCUGAAUGUGAGGGCAACUCGUUUAGGAUAUUAAAAGUCUGUCUUACAUCAUUAGUAUUUUAUUCACGACAUCAAGAUUAUCUUUAAGCUUUGCUAUUAUCUCUAAGGUUAUUCCCAAAAAGGCAUGGUACACCAAUUCCGUUGCUGUAAAACAUUAAUUUUGCUUAAAGAAAUAUAUGUAAUUUCUAUAGCUAUUAGUUUCCCUAGUAGCUUAAACUUGUAUAAUGCCUCAUAAACUUCUUUCUAGUGCUACAAAAGAGAGGACUCAAUGGUACAUGAAUAUACUCCUGCAUUGCCAACUCAAUGGCCUUUCUUGAGUCUAUGAGAUAGUUCAAUAGCUUUUUCUAGUUCACUUGAUUGAUCUCUUUCAUAUCUCAUGUCCAGUUUUUCCUUUCUUACUCCUGGAAGCUAACUCAUACUCUUGAAUGCUUCAAACUAAUAGAAUAUGAAUAUACACUAGCACAGCCUUG